AUGCCGCUCAACUCAAAAGCUGUUUACGCAAAGGCCGAGGCUGAUUAUGCCCCCUUUGCCAGUCGGAGGAGUACCGUGCACAGCAAAAAUGGCAUUGUGUCCUGUACGCAGCCGUUAGCAGCUGCGGCGGGACAUCGCAUCUUGAGUCAGGGCGGAAAUGCAGCGGAUGCUGCUGUUGCUGUUGCUGCUGCAAUCAACAUGUCCGAGCCUGGCUCGACUGGUAUUGGCGGUGAUAUGUUCUGUCUCUUUUAUAAGGCCGAGACGAAGAAAGUCCACGCCCUGAAUGGAUCGGGUCGAUACCCCGGCAAGGCAACAUUGGAAAAAGUCCGCAAGGACCUGAAUCUGGCUCCCGACGCUCCGGGCAGCAUUCCCUUCCUCAAUGCUCUUGCAGCUACGGUUCCCGGCGCAGCGGCAGGAUGGGUGGACACUAUUGAGAAGUUUGGAAGUGGAAAGUUGUCUUUGGCACAGAUCCUGCAACCGGCCAUUGAGAUGGGAGAGGAAGGCUUUGUUGUUUCUGAGCUUUCGUCGCAAGGUUGGCAAGAGAACGAGGAGGCUAUGCGUGCUGCAUCGCCCAAUUUCCGCGAAAUGCUGAAGAAGGAUCCAUCUGCUAAGGAUGGAGUGCGUGCUCCUCUCCCUGGUGAGAUCAUGAAGAACCCCACAUUGGCCAAGACCUUCCGUACACUGGCAGCCGAGGGAAAGAAGGGCUUCUACCAAGGUAGAAUUGCAGAGGAAAUUGUCAAGGUGGCCCAAAGCCUGGGUAGCUAUAUUGAUCUUGAAGAUCUGGCAAACCAUGCCGCACAGGGUACACAGGAAGUGGAUGCCAUCUCACUCAAGUUCACCGGUCAAGAUAUUGCAUCCAAGCAGUCACCAGGAACUGACGGUACUAACCAGGGUGUUGAGGUCUGGGAGCACCCACCUAAUGGCCAGGGUAUCGUCGCGCUUAUGGCUCUAGGUAUUAUGGAAGAAUUAGAGCGAGCCGGCAAGAUCCCAAAGUUCAGCCAGGAACAACACAACUCAGCGGAAUAUCUUCACGCUGUCAUUGAGAGUCUAAGAAUUGCCUUCGCCGACGCGGGAUGGUGGGUGACAGACCCCGACGUGGAGAAGGUGCCCUCGCAAGGCCUCCUCGCACGCGAGUACCUAGCCGAGCGGGCGAAGCUAUUCAAGCCAGACGGUGUAGCUGAGCUCUUGGACCACGGCAGCCCGGCACACAACCACUGCGACACAGUUUACUUUGCUGUGACAGAUCGCGAAGGAAACGGUAUUUCGUUCAUCAAUAGUAACUAUGCUGGGUUUGGCACAUCUAUCAUUCCCGCAGGCUGUGGUUUCACCCUGCAGAACCGUGGUGCCAAUUUCUCGCUGCAAGCUGGACACCCUAAUGCUCUGGCUCCGAACAAGCGGCCAUACCAUACCAUUAUCCCUGCUUUGAUCACAAAUGUUGAGGACGGCUCUCUGCACUCCGUUUAUGGUGUGAUGGGUGGCUUCAUGCAGCCCCAAGGCCAUGUACAGGUGCUGCUUAACAUGCUUGCAUUCGGAUACCACCCUCAAGCGGCUCUUGAUUCCCCGCGUAUCUGCGUCAAGGCACCAACAUCUGAGGAUCGUGACCGUACGGUAUGUGUCGAGGAAGGAAUAAGCAAGGUGACCAUUGAGGGGCUGCAACGCCUGGGUCAUAAGAUCGAGGUGCUGAAGGGUUGGGAGCGGUCGAUGUUUGGCCGUGGGCAGAUCAUUCGUCUGCACUAUGAUGAUGAUCAGUUGGUAUAUAGUGCGGGUAGUGACCCACGAGGUGAUGGAAUGGCCUUCCCGCUACUGUAA